AUGGGUGGCCCCAGCUGUUCAUACCUGACAGUGCCCGGCCGGCCACCCUGGAAGAUAGGCUGGUGGUCUCCUUUGCCUUACGCCCGGUCUGCGGGCCGCAAACUCCUCCAGAAACCCAAAUUCUGCAGGCCGUACCCCCCAAAUCGUGUAUUCCCGAGAUCCCUUUCAGGCGCCCACGAGCUCCAGACCAGACUUCGGCUCCUCCAACUAGGCACUUUCAGGGUCAACCGAGCAGAAGCUGCGCUCCGGUCCUUUCCCGAAGACGGUCUGCCCGGCCACCAAGCACACACAACAGGCGGCACCGCACAGCCCCCAGGAAUGCGGGCUCAGAUGCUGGUACCAGCGCCCAGUCACAGAGACUGGAAGCGACAGGCAGGAGACCCAGAACAGGGCGCUGGAGACCACCACGGAGCCCCGCAACCUCGGGAACCCAGCGAUCCGGGGGACGGGGCACGGCGCACAGAACACAGGAGCGCAGCCCGCAGUCGGGACCGGCCUCCCGCCCUCGCCGCAGAGGCGGCCCGGGAGCUCCGCGCCUCCCCCGCUGCCGGGCUCUGCUGCCCUGGGGCCCCGUCCUCCCGCCUUGGCGUGGGCGAGCUCCGACUCGCCGAGGCGACCUGCUCGCCCGGUGCCCGACGCCUAGACCCGAGGGAGCGAGAAGAAAGACUUGAAGAGGGGGACACUGCCUUCGCCCGGACUGGCGACUUCAAGAAACCCUCCCGAAACCCGUCCAGCUGCGGCAGCCACUGUCCGGCCGACAGGGGGCACAGCGGGCGGUCGGAACGCGGUGCCCAGGCGAGGGAGUGGGUUAGGAGGCCCCAGGCGCUGGGUUCCUACUCUUACCUCGAGAAACUCCCGAGCACCAGGCGUCGGACUCUUCAGCUCUCGGUUUCUUCCUGCCGGCGCCGAGCCUGUCCGCUCCACUCAGCCCCUUGGCUCUGGCUGCUUGACGAGCGCACCGCGCCCGCCCCGCCCCGCCUCACCUCGCCCCGCCCCGCCUCGCCUCGCCUCCCGGUCCGCCCCCGAGGCUCCGCCCCUGGUCCGCCCCGAGGCUCCGCCCCCAGCCCGCCCGAGGUGGUGGCAGAGGCCGCGGAGCCGCGGGAGCCGCACGUGGAGUGUCCUGCCCGCCCCGCCUCGGACCCAACCAAGCGUUCCCGGGAGGGGCACCACGAGCCCCGAGCGGGAUAA